GAAGAAGAUGAGUUCUUUGGAGAAAAAACAUUCCAGCGUUUUUGUGCAGAAUUCAUUAAACAUUCACGGCAGAUAGGUGAUGGCUGGGAAUGGAGAACUUCGAAGGCACACUGACUUCCUUGCUGUUCCUCAAACACACCGGAGAAACACUAGACAAACAUUCCUGCCUGGAGCCUCUAAAUGGGCUGGCCCCUCGGUAUACACCAUCCCUCUUCCAGGAUUGUUCUGAAGGCUACAUGUGCAAAACAUAUUUUCAAAUUAAACCUGGGACAGUGGUGUCACAUCUGGGAACAUCUGCCCAUGUACAGACAUGUCUUCCCACGGAGGAGGCUUUAGAGCUACCCCUGGAUGAUUUUGAAGUGACUGAGACCACAACGGGAAGCGAAGUGAUUAAAUAUGAGUAUCAUGUCUUAUACUCCUGUAGCUACCAAGUGCCUGUGCUUUACUUUAGGGCAAGCUUUUUAGAUGGAAGACCUUUAGCUCUGAAGGACAUAUGGGAAGGAAUCCAUGAGUGUUAUAAGACACAGAUGCUGCAGGAGCCAUGGGACACCAUUACCCAACAGGAUGGAAAGGACUUGGAUAUUUUAAAAACUGAUAGGAAAGAGCCAACGGAGAGGGAAGAUAUAGGAAGAAGAGAAUUGAAGGAACAAAGUCCCAGAAAAGCUGGGGGUGAUGGAGGGACAAGAGACGACUCUUCCUUUUUAACAGAAGUUAUAAAGAACAAGAUAUGGUUAUGGAUUCAGAUGUAUUUUUAGUUUGGCAAGAAAAGGAUAUUUUAUGGUUUCUAUAUUUUCUGUGAAGUUGGAAGCAAACUCAUCUGCUGACAGAGAGGGAUUUCAUAGCUUUAGAAAGAAUGGAGAAGAUUUGACUUCCUUCCAUGGGGGAUGGAAGAGUAGACUAGAGAAAUAUGUCAGGUCAAGGAGGCGGCAUGGAGGGUCCACUUGAGGCAAGCCAAGUUAUAUGAUCUUCUCCAGCAGUGCUCAGCAACCUGGGUGCAAAUGCAAAAGAAUCAGCCAAAGGUGGGAUUUUGCCAGGUGCUAAAAUGGAGAGAUAGUAGGUAAGGAAAUUGAGAAUAUUGGUAAGAAAGUGAUUGAAAUGACUAAGAAUAGAAUCUAAGUUUGAAUCGGAAGAAAGGAGGUGAGCUUAUGAAAAAUGUGGACCAGAGGUUCCCAUGAGAUUAAAGAACUGAAGUCUUGGGAAUCUUCUAAGAGAUCUGAAAAUAUAGAUGUUUUGGUCUGACAAUGGUUUUAGAGAGGGAGUGACUCUUGAUGUUGAUAAGUUCCUCAGUGAGGCUGUUGGAGUGCUUAGCUGAAGUGGAAUUCAAGAAAGAGAGACCAGAGUGUUGCAUGGGUCAUUCACGUGGAUUUAGAGUCACCUUAGAUGAUAGGGGCACUUGAGGUAGAAGGGAAGACUGAAUCAAAUGCUAAAAUUUUAGAUGCUAGAUCAAUAAAUAACAGCAAUGAGAAGGAGGUAGAAGGUAUUAGAAUCUGAUGGCAUGUACAUGAAAUGAGCUGAUUUUUUUAACAUUCUCUUAUGGAAGUACAACAUAUAUUAACAAAAGUAUACAAAUUUGACAUAUGCAGAUAUUAAUUUUCAUGUAGUGAUUCUACUUCUGUAGCCACCAUUCAGUCAAGAAAUACAUUUCUGAAAUCUCAGAAGCCCCCACCUCAUGCCUGCUUCCCAUCACUUUCUUUCCCUUUUCCGUAAAUAAAGCCAUUGUCUGAUUU